AUGGUGAAAACCAAUUCCAAUUCUUUGCAUGUAACAACGGCGUAUGUGCCAAAAGAACCGAUUUCAAACUUCAAUCUCACUUCGAUAAUCAGAGGCAAGGUGCCAGAUCACCAAACUGUCGACCUUUUAUUCGAAAAGUUGUUGUCGGUGCGAGCUUUUUCAGAUGAGGCGGUCUAUACGUUGAGAAACCAAUCCUAUGAAAGAAAAUGGGAACUUAUACUACGGGAAAAUGAAACCAACAGUAAUUUCGACUUGGACCGUUUGUUCCUACAAACUCACUUGAAAUACCCCUCACAAAUGCAUACUUAUAUCAUGGCAAACAAUAACAGCACGGAUAUCUUUUUGCCAAGCUCUCUUCCUCAGUUGGAAAAAAAUGCUUCCAGCAACCAGGAACUGGAGAAGCUGGAAUCGAUAUUCUCCAUCGACUCCAAAAAAUCCCAUUUUUCAAUGAGCAAUAUCGAAAAAACGCCAAAAGAAGGCACUCCAGAAUGGUUUGUCUCGCGCAUUUUGGCGGGAAAAUUGACUUUGAAAGAUUUGAAAAAACUCGAAAAGAGACUCAAUAAUGAAGUGGCUAGUGACGACAAGUAUCUGGAUUGGAGACAGAAAUUUCUCUUGUCCCAGGGAGAAACUGCAUUGGCCGUUAUUUUAUCGAAAAUAAGCAAAAAAAGCAUCAAGUCGAACGAAGAGUUUGAUAAAGAAUAUCUCUUGGUACAAUGUCUCAAAUACAUCAUUGACUAUAAGCACGAGGGGGAAGAAGAAGAACGACAAGAAGAAGAAGGAAUUGAAGUAAAUGAAGUUGUAGACGCCAAUGCCACUGACAUUUUGAAAAAUAAAACUAUCCUCAUCAAUGCGCUUGUCUACUCAAUCAUGUCGCCGAAAAUUGUGACAAGAACAAUUGUUACUGAAGUGUUGAUUACACUCAUGAUUGACCGACCGGACGAGGUUUACCAUGUCAUUUUGACUCAGUUUCGAAAUUUGCAAAAUGUACUGAUGAUAAGCCUGCGAUUUCAAGCUUGGCUCGCUAGUUUUGAAGCAACUCUUCCACAAACCUCCCGGGGCAAGGCUUUUGCUCAUUUAAAGAACUAUAUAAUAAUCACCUUGGUUCUCAUCAACUGCAUUGUGGAAUUGGCCGGCUCGGUGAAACGACGCAUGUCUGUUCGACUAGAGCUCAACGAUGCCAACAUUCUACGCAUUUUCGAUAAAAUCAAACUGUUUGAUAACGACCGAAUACGAGGCCAGCUCGAAAGAUAUAAUAGUUAUGCCGCUGAUGAUCGGGAGCUUUUGCUUGCAGAAAAGAAGGAAAAAUUGGAAUCGGAUUCGCAAUCGGAAACGCGAGGUUGCAGUAUUGAAACCUGCUCUGAAGAAUCGUCGAGCUUUGCUGAUCAUCAUCAUCGUCAUAAUCAUCAUCAUCAUUAUCAUGAAGGUUACAAGGAGGUUGAGGUUGAAGUUGAAGAAACCAAAAGUCGUAUCCCUGAAGAUGCAAAGGUCAUUUUAAGAAGCAGUCCACGAAAGUCAAAUAGCACUCAUUCGGGUGGUUUCGAAGCGGCACAAGAGAAUAUCAAACUCAAUCCAAGCAAUCAAAACAAUCCAAGCUAUUCAAGCAAUGCAGGCAAUGCAAGCAAUGCGGGCAAGUCAAGCAAGUCAAGGACUGGUGCACGAGGUUCGUCGACCACCACCACCAAAGUGGAUACUCUUGAAAAACGACAAGAUUUGAGCACCAAAAUACAAAGUGUCUUGUCAAAGUUGGUGCGCUUGGAAAAAUCGUCGCCAUCAAACUCCAGCAGCGGCAACAUGGGCCAAGCAACGCUUCUAGUUGACUGUUUGUUGGACCAACUAAGCAACACCGUUGGCAAGACAACAAUACCAGACCAAAUUUCGAGUAUGACUAUUCAACGGUUGAUAGACGGGUUGGCUUCGGAAAUGGUUGCGCGCAAUGCCAUUGCAGAGAUGCGUGAUCAACGCAAAGAAUUGCAGAGGCUCAAGGAAGCAAACCGAUCACUUAAAAAAGCAUUGAAGGAAAGUGUAACAGCAGCAAAAGCAGCAGCGGCAGCGGCAGCGGCAGCAGCAGCAACAACAACAACAACAACAACAACAUCGAAGGAACUGGCGCCCGAAAAUGCACUGCAAACCGAAACGAUAGCCCAGCAAAGUAAGCAAAUCUCGCUAUUGCAGAGGCAAAUUAAAGGGUUGGAACAAGAAAAGAAUAAAAUGGCUCGCAAUAGAGGAAUAUAUCAUCUGUUUGAAGAUGCAAACGACACUCGAGCUCAACAAGAGUCUGCUAUCGGGAAGCGAGGUGUUUUGGCAAAUGUCCCGUCAAAUGAGUCCUUGCCUGUUUAUGCCAACGCGAGCUACGCCAAGUUGAAUGAUUCGCAGGCCAGUUCAAUAAAGCGACUGUCAACCCCUCCCGGACUAUUUGCCAAACUCGCCUCGGCCCCUUCAAGUGACCAAGGCAGAGGAACUUUCCAAAGUGGAAACUCUUUUGAAGCUUUCUCGCACUCGUGUUCUUCAAAAGGUAGAGCAGGAGCAGAAGCGGAAGCGGCAUCAACCGCACGCGACAAUAUUCUCGCAGGUCCACCGUUUUCAAAUAGUCAUUCUACAAGCACACUAUCCCUUGAGCAGCAGGCUGCUCAUUCUAUUCUACUGACAACUUUUAAAAGUCAUACUCAACGACAUGAUGCAACGAUCCCAGUGGAAGAUUCAACUCUUUUGGUUGGUUCUUAUCCAGAAGGGCGACCAUUUUUGUCACAGAACCAAACUCCGGAGCGGACGCUCAGUCAGUUUAGCAUCGAUUCAUAUCACCUGUCGAGUCGGACAUUGAACCCGGAUUUACCACCACCGUUACUCACCCACGCCGCAAACAGUACAACAAGUGGAAUUUAUCCAACUCCGCUGCUUGCACCUCCUGUGCACCUGUCGUUCUCUGAUCAGUCGGCCCUUGCUAGUGAUAACAAUAAUUUAACUUUGAAUGCCCAUUCGGUAAUAUUACCACGCAUACCACCGCCUUCGAUAUUGAUGACUAAUUCAAAAGCCACAUCCGUAAUUGGACCAGCGCCACCAGCAGCCCCUCCGUUGCCCCUUAAGUUGGAUACAACCUUGAAGGCUCCACCAGCACCAGCACCAGCACCAGCAGCACCAGCAGCACCACCAGCACCAGCACCAGCACCGGCACCACCAGCACCAAUACCUCCACCACCACCACCGUUGCCACCUUCAUUGUCCACGCCGUCGUCAGUUCCUUUACCACCGCCGUUACCCCCGCCGUUUCCGUUACCGUUACUGUUACCAUUACCGUCAUCGUCACACGGCACUCCAGUAGCUCCGCCUCUACCACCUUCUUUCCCACUCCCUAACAGCGGCCUGACUCGUCCCGCAUCGCAAAAGGCAGCAGCGGUUAUCGAAUCACCCGCGGUGGAGCUGAUGUCUUGUAUAAGGCCAAAGGCCAGGAUGAAACAGAUACAUUGGAACAAAAUCAAUGACGUUGAAAAUACUUUUUGGGUGGACAUUGAAGAGGAGCUGCUAACGGAAAAGCUUCUUGAAAAUGGCAUCUACGACGAAGUGGAAAGAAUCUUUGCAGCCAGCGUUUCCACUAUCAAAAAGAGAUCUGAUUUGAAUGCUAACAAUAAUAGUAUACAAAGAGACGUGAAAGAAGCGGUGCCAAAAGUGAGCAUUUUAUCCCGUGACCUCGCGCAGCAAUUUGGCAUCAAUCUACACAUGUUUGCAGGCGACUCGGAAGAAAAAUUUGUGCUCAAGGUUUUGAAAUGUUCGCCCGAGGUGAUGGAAAACUCUAGUGUCAUUGAGUUUUUCAACUCUGAGCAGCUCAAUGAGAUUAGCGAUAGCUUAGCAAAGAGGUUCUUGCCAUAUGCUUCUGAUCCAAGAAGCACAGAAAAGCCCAAGAAGGAUCCUAAUGAAUUGGAGCGAGCCGAUCGAAUAUUUUUGGAGCUAUGCAUCAAUCUCCGGCACUAUUGGAAGGCAAGAUCGAAAGCUCUACUUUUCAUUCAAACAUUUGAGAAGGAUGAGCACGAUCUUCAGCUGGCGUUGAAAAGCAUAGACCAGUGUGUCGAGCAUUUGAAAAGCUGCGAGAAUUUGCGAAAGGUGCUCGGGAUCAUCAAGCUUAUUGGGAAUUUUAUGAAUGAGCAUUCGAAGCAAGCGUCAGGGUUCAAGCUCGACACCUUGCAGAGACUAAAGUUUAUGAAGGAUGAAGUCAACUCCUUGAGCUUUUUGCACCACUUGGAGAAGAUUGUGCGGCAAACUUUCCCCGAGUACAGUUCCUUUGUGGAUGAAUUGAGCAGUCUCAACGAAGUCCAAAACAUCUCGUUGGAGCAAUUGGAGGCAGACUGCAAUGAGAUGACAAAGUCGGUAAAGAUCAUCACCGACGCGAUUGAAAAGGGCAAGCUCAGCCGACCCAAUGACUUGCACGCGAGCGACCGUAUCCUUGCUGUUGUUGACUCCCCCAUGAAGAAGGCGCAAAGCAAAAGCUGUGCGUUGCAAUCCCACUUGAAAGAAACAAUGCUGGAAUUCAACUCGUUAAUGGUCUUUUUUGGCGAAAACCCCGAUGCAGGAGGGGGCAAGGACUCCUUUUUUUUAAAGAUUAUGACCUUUGUGGCGGAGUUCAAAAAGGCACACGUGGAGAACAUCCAGUUGGAAGAAGAGCAGAAGGUUUAUGAAAAUCGGAAAAAGAAGAUUGAAGAGAAGCUCAUGAGCAAACCAAACUCGUCCAAGGACAGUUUAAACUCGGAGGAUCUCGACAAAAACAUCGCGGACUCCCUCGAUGAGUCCUCUGCGGUGAUUGACUUGUUGUUGGAAAAAUUGAGGUCGGAUGCGUUCAAAAGGCACAGGACAAAGAGGAAGGAACCACAAGCUCCAACACGAGUGCUGACAGGGGAAGAAUUGACGAAAACUGCAAACUUGGACACGCGCGAGAUGAAGGAGUACGAGAGCGUGAAUACUUUGAAAAGAAGGUUAACGGCAAGAAAGAGGACUGCGGAUGCACUGGCUAUUCAAAGUAAUUCUGGCGUACUGCGUGCUGAGGCAAUGUUGCAUCAUCUUAGAAAGGAGGCAGGAGAAGAAGACGAAGGAGGAGAUCUGGCUUUACUUCCAGAUUAA